CCACCACUCUAUUACUCCAACCCCCAAAAACAGCCUCUCUCCCACCAUGAGGCUCUCCUUUGCUCUCAUCCUCGUCUUCCUAUCCUUUCUCACCGCAGUCUGCGCUUGGACAAAGGAGGAUUAUGAGAUCUUUGACCUCGUGAGCGAUUUGGAGGCUGCUGAGGGCAAAGGAACAACGUUUUACUCCCAUCUCAACGUUGAUCCCGGUGCCACUACCCAGCAAAUUACCAAAGCCUAUCGCAAAAAGUCACUUGAGCUUCAUCCAGAUAAAAACAUUGGUGUGAAAGAUAUUGAAAAACGGUUUGCAAGGCUCGGGGUGAUUGCGCAAAUUUUGAGAUCCCCUGAGCAGAGAGAAAGGUACAAUUUCUUCUAUAAAAACGGUGUACCUCGGUGGAGAGGUACUGGAUACUACUACAAUCGCUUCCGACCCACUCUCUUCCACACCCUCCUCUUCCUCAUUCUUUUGACAAACCUCUUUCACCGUCUCGUUCUGUCCCUCAACUACAACAAACAUCUUCGUCGCAUCGCGUACUUUGAAAAUGCGGCCAAAUCCGCGGCUGGCGUGCUCGGACCCGGUGGAGUUAGCGCGCAAAACGAAAAGAUUGUCCUGAAUACCAAUGUGACGCAGCCUGGAAGAAGGAGGAAGGUUAAAGUUCCAAUGGUGGAAGGGAACGAAAGUGUUGGGACCCUGGAACUUAUAGUUAGUGGCAAUGAAGUAUAUUUGCCCCAUGAAGGCGGUGCACUCACCCCAAUCUCGUCACUUGCUCGUCCUCCUUCGUUCGCCCAGACGUGGUUUCCUUCCCUCAUUCUUUCAUCAGCCAGACGUCUGGCCGCGAAUCUACCAUCCAACAUCCAAUCCUCUCUUCCUGCUGUCCUUCGGUCGCUUGACGAAGAAAUGGUGGUAGUCGAGAGCAGCAGUGAAGAAGAUGGUGAAGAAGGCUCCGCACUCGACACACCCACACAGGUCAGAAAUACUUCUCGCAAAGCCUUGCAAAAGGGUAGGAAUUCACGGAGCGUGUCGAAAGAUUCUCCAGCUGUCUCAGAGCUGGAGAGUGACGCGGACUUCUUAGAGAGAACAUCCAAUGGAAAGAAAAAGAAACCUGGGCCUGGUAAGGCUUCAGCGAUGCGGAAGCGGAAAAUGGCGCUCAAGAAAUAGGCUAACCACUAGCUCUCAUGCGGUCCACUU